AGCCUACCUCUCAGUAGUUAGCUAUACCCAUCCAAAAAAAAACUAAAAGAACAACUCGUACUUGUCCGAUUUAUUGAAAUAAUUAAUCUUCUGGAAAGAGUACAAAAAUCAUGGGCGGUUUCUUUUCUCGAAUUUUUUCCGGUCUCUUCGGAACGAAAGAAAGAAGAAUCUUGAUAUUAGGUUUAGAUGGUGCAGGCAAAACCACAAUCCUUUACCGAUUGCAAGUUGGUGAAGUUGUAACAACAAUACCCAGUAAUUUUUUUUUCCAUUUUUGACUACCCCCUCCUCUACUCACUAAAAUGGCUUUACUUUUUUUUACAGCAAUCGGUUUCAAUGUAGAAACGGUUACGUUCAAAAACCUUAAAUUCCAAGUAUGGGAUCUUGGUGGACAAACAAGUAUUAGACCUUAUUGGAGAUGCUACUAUUCCAAUACUGAUGCCAUCAUUUAUGUUGUCGAUAGUAUGGACAGAGAUCGUAUUGGAAUAUCGAAACAAGAAUUAAUAUCCAUGCUUGAAGAAGACGAGUUAAAGAAUGCUAUCUUAGUAGUUCUGGCGAAUAAACAAGAUAUUGAAGGAGCAAUGUCGGUUUCGGAGGUCUCCCAAGCUCUUGGCUUGACAGCAAUUAAAAACAGAAAGUACCAGAUAUUCAAGACUUCUGCAAUAAAAGGAGAAGGUUUAGACGAAUCAAUGGAAUGGUUGAGUAACACUAUUCAAAACAAGUAG